CUUAGCAUCCUUCGUACCAUUGGAUUGGAGAGAGAUGAGUCGAGCCAAGAAGCGUACCAAGGUGGCAGCUCAGUCUCAGGGGCCAUUUGAAGGCACAUCGUCACGAGCAGAUUCGAGUUCUGCAUCAACAUCAGCACUGGCAGGCCCAUCUUCAACAACAACUUCGAAGCGACCAAGACCCGCCUCCUCUGACGAGCAGCAGCAGAGUCAAGACCCCGCCAAGCGGUCUCGCUCCAAACCCCCGCAAGACAACGACGACGUCGAUGAAGACAGUGCGCAACCCUCUUCAUCCGCAGCCGCACCUAUCAAGCAGUCCAGACGUCGGCUACUUCGCAUCCAACGACGCAAUCUCGUAUCCGGCGCCACGAACCCAGCAGGAGGUUAUGCCUACCUACGACUGCGCGUCCACGCCAGCAGCAGCAGCAGCAACAGCAUUGAUGCCUCGGCGCUGGGCGAGACCUUUCGUUCCACCCUUUCUCAGCAUCUCGGAGUCGUCGGCGGGGCUGUCCCCUUCGACGUGCUGAGCAUCCACUCCCCGCCCCCCGCGGCGACACAAGGCACGCAGGGCAGCAGGGAUGUAACGCGAUCGAGCGAGGCGCUCCUACGUAUUCCGUCGCAUCAUGCGCGUGAGGUACGGACUGCUAUCGUGCUUGGUGGAGGAGCAAGAGGAGGAGGCGCAGGAGCAACGAAGCUUCGCAUGUCGCUCGAUGGUAGUCAGGAGGAGACGGGCAGUGUCUGGACUUUGAGACCGAAGGGGGAGGGAGGAGCAGGGUGGAUCAAGAGGAUGGAGGAACAAUUAUCGGCUGGCGGCACUGCAUGAGGAAUCAGUCUGCGCGAUGAUAAGGUCUCGAAUUGCAUGAUAUACCCACCCCCAAUCUCCCCGCAGAUGCCCUCAAGCGAAAGCAGUGAAAUCCCUCGGAUCCCUCUUGCCUCCAUCACCAGGCUGUUCCACACCUCCCGCUCCACCACCGCCACCCGCGCCUCCCUCCUCAGCAGUCUCCCUUCUCUUCUCCCUUUCC